AUCCGCCCAGCGACGGCUUGUAUCUUAAAAAAAACACACACACUCGCUAGUUGGGACGCUCGGUACCUCUGUAUAACGGACAAUUAAAAAAAUACCAGCAGUGCACCAGUAACUUCUCUCUUCUUCCCGGCGACGUACGUCGUGACAAUUGGACUCACAGCGACACAAACAAGUUUGGUCUUUGUCGAGAGAGGCAUCUGCUAGGGCUGUGAAGCUAAACUUACACUUUUCUUUGCCCAUUUUGGCUCGACAGUUGGACUCGCUUCUGGCUUCACAUCCUCACAUCUGCCACGCCGCUGCGCCGGAAACAUGAAGGUGCACUGUAUGACAAUAAAGUGACAUUUAAUUAAUAAGCGCCAGAUGUUUAAAAAUCAUUGCUAAAAAUGAAGGACGGUGUAGCAGCGGCAUGUGAGGGAGGAUUGAGCGCGUGUGCUUUUAAGGGUUUUUUGGGGGGUUUUUUUAGUGAGCGAGAAAAAUAUAAAUUUCAUCUCACGUCAGGCUAAUAUUGUUGAUUUAUACAAAAAUGACCCGUCUUCACGGGAAUGUAUUUGGUUAGUUCAACACGAAUAUGAAAGUCAUGUUUGCUUAACUUGAUAAACAUCCAGGCACCCACUUGCACGUAGUCGGUGUAAAUAUUGUUCAUUGAAUAUUUGAUUUACCAUCUGUGCAUACAUCUGUGCAUGAGUGGCUGGCACCAGCAUCGUUCAAGCGUGAAUAAAAUACACUAACAGACGUACCGACCUUGAGGAAUGCUUACACUUACCAGUCCAGGGUGUAAGUCAGCUGGGAUAGGCGGCAUAGAAGAUGGAUGGAUGGUACGGUGGUAACCAUCUCUCUUUACAUGCAUGUAAAUGCAUUUGCUAAACAAACUGUGGUGAGCAGGUGGGGGGUUUGACACGUAUUAUCCCAGCUUGUUUGCACACUUCAAGUGCGGGCUAUGCAUAUAAAUGAGACGAUGCACGAGUCAUUAAAAGCCUCCGACGGAGAAUGCCACGUACCCAAUUGAAGAAGGGAUAACUGGGGAUGGAAAUAACGCUGGCAAAGGCACUUUGGCUCUUGAUGCUGCCUCAGGGUUUUGUAGCACCGUUGAAGUGCAGCAGCCGACGCCCAGAAUCCCUGUUUGCAUCACUCGAGGCGGAUUUAUUCCCUAAAAAACUGGUGCCCCCAGUGGACAGGUUUUCAGAUCCAAUCAACAUAAACAUCAGUAUUGUGGUGAUGGCCAUUUUUGGAGUGGAUGAAAAAGUCCAGACUAUGACAUCUUUCAUAUCACAGUCCCUGACGUGGAGAAUAGAAGGGCUGCACUGGAAUGAGGCGGAGUGUGGAACGAACAGAGUUUCCGUUCCUCGGGAACAGCUUUGGCUGCCAGAAAUCCACAUUGCAGAGUUAAUGGGUGAGGAUGAAUCGCCCCAAACCACGUAUGUCUCCUUACACAACACUGGGGACGUUUUUGACAACAAGCCCAUCAGAGUGGUCAGUUCCUGCCGAAUGCUCAUCUACACUUUCCCCUUCGAUGUCCAAAACUGCUCUCUGACAUUUCAAUCAUAUCUGCACUUUGAUCUGGACAUAAGACUGAUUCAGGGUUCCACAGCCGAAGAGACCCUGCAGGCUUCCAAAGAUCUCAUCCGAACCAACGGGGAGUGGGAGCUCAUGGACAUCAAAGCAGCACCGUAUGUCGACAAAUUAAGAAGGGGAAGAAGCUCCUCUGAGAUGAAAUACCAUAUUGUCCUAAAACGUCAGCCCAUGCUGUACGUGGUCAACCUGAUCAUCCCCAGCUGCUUCCUCAUCACAGUGGAUCUCUUCAGCUUCCUGCUGCCUCCCCAGAGCGUGGACCGCUCCUCCUUCAAGAUGACCCUUAUCCUGGGGUACACCGUCUUCCUGCUCAUCAUGAACGACCUGCUGCCUGUCACCGGGGAGACCACGCCGCUCAUUAAUGUCUUUUUCGCCCUCAGUCUGGCUCUAAUGGUGGCCAGUCUGUUGGAGACCAUCUUUAUCACCAACAUCCAGUUCACCUCCACCCAGUACAGAGAGGUGCCUCGUUGGCUCAGCAUCCUCGUCCUGCGUUACCUCGCCAUCGCGGUUCAUCUGCCGCCCCAGAAAGAAAGCAACAGAGUCACAGUGGUUCUCCAAUCGCAUGAUAACGAACUCCACAUAUGUACAAACAACAACAUCAGCAGCAGCCCAGUGAUGUCACAUGACGGCGUCUCUGACAGUACUAUUGAAGAGAAACCUGCUCCAGACCCCCAGCAGCACCUCGUGGAUGAGCUGAGAAAGCUGAGCAAUAAUCUGACUGCCAUCCGCCUGCACGUGGACAACCACUUCAAAGGCGCCAACACGUCCCAGGAGUGGUACAUGAUCGGGAUCGUGGUAGACCGCCUGCUUUUUGCGAUAUACAUCGUCUUCAUCCUGGCCAGCUUCCUCACCAUCAUUUGUAUCUGGACCUGGGGCAACUUGUGAGAUCCUUGUUGAGAAAAGGGUAGAGAUUUCAUCGUUAUCAUCUGAAAAUUGCCUUGGGUGCCACUGGCAACAACUUUCACGUUGCUGUUCUGCAUGAAAAGUGCUCACCUCUAGUGAUUGAUGAUGUAUGAUGAUCCAUGAACAGAUGGAAUCGUGAGUCACGGUGAAGAAGUCGUGUGCAAGUUUCACUUUUGCAUCUCACAGCAGCUAUGGUGCGUUCAAGGACUGCUGAACGAAGUGUGAAAUCUCAACAUUUAACAAAAAAAAAACAUUAUCGGUGAAGCAUAAAGACAAACAUGUAAAAACUGUCGGCUUUUUUCCAGUGGUCCAUGCAUGCUGUACAUUUUACCUGUAUUAUUACAUAUUUAUAUAUUACUACCGACUUGGGGUAAAUCAGAUGUUUCUGUGGCUAAAAAAACACAACUAUUUUUUUUUGGGGGGGGGAAUAUAGCAUAGAAAAAAAAUAUACAUGUAUAUAUAUAUAUAUUUGUUUUAAAUACAUGUGGAAAAAAAUUCAAAAAAUUAUAUUUUAUACAAAAUUAUAUAUACAGA